AGCCUUACCGACCUUCACUGGUUGGGUAAGAUGAGCACAUGUGACUUGGAGCCAAAUUCUACAAAGCAGCUCAGCAGCAAGGAGAACCAAAACCCUUUACAGACUUUUCAGGCACACAAUACACAUACCAGUGCAGACGCUCCUCAGCAACCCAUUUCAGAGAGGCCACCAUACUCCUACAUGGCCAUGAUCCAGUUUGCUAUCAAUAGCAGAAAGAACAGGAGGAUGACCCUCAAAGAGAUUUACAUGUGGAUUGAGGACAAUUUCUCUUACUAUAGAGAUGUAGCCAAACCAGGCUGGAAGAAUUCCAUCCGCCAUAACCUCUCUCUGCAUGACUUGUUCAUUCGUGAAACAUCGCCAGAUGGUAAAAUGUCUUUCUGGACUAUCCGACAUGAAGCCAAUCGAUACCUCACACUUGAUCAUGUGUACAAGCCGGGCCGUGAUCCAAUGACUGCCACUGUUCCUGUGCCAAUGCUUUUACUGGCUAAUCAACACCAAAAGAGGACACUUCCAGAUGCAAGAAAAACACCAACUAGCUCUGCUCCCUGUCACGCCUUCUGUCUAUCUGCCAUCCACUUCCUGCUCCCAGCAGAAUGGGAACAAUUCACGAGCAGCAAAGAGAGUCCGCAUAGCACCGAAGGUGACACAAAGUGAUUCCCCAGCUGUGAUGAUAUCUCCUCAGAAGAAUACGGACUUUAAGGUAGAAGUGAAGGAGGAGCUGGUAUGUGUUCCAAUUAAAUGCGAGACCCCCAAAGCUCCUCCAAAGAGACAAGCCAGCAGCUCACAGUGCAAACAACGUUUGGUUCACUCUGUGAAUGAAGAGCCUGUUCUCCUCUGCCACGAAAGUAAUUUCUUUGACUCUGGCGUAGCCUGUGAUGCUUCGACAUUCCAUUUGACCUUGUCCACCCCCAGCAAGAUGCCUUCUUAUGUUGCAUCUUUUAAAGUGACCCAGGUGGGCAAAGAAAGCCAAAAUAUUCUGCACUUGAGCCCUAUUCAUACACGAGGUGGUCCCACAGUUACUCCACAACACGAUUACAAAUCUGGAUCUGACACGAUUUAAACCAUCCGACUUUUCCAUAUUGAAGAGGAUUUCUCACAAUAGAAAGUGAGGCUGUUGGCGUAGGAAGAAAUUUCUAACACUCGAGAAUGCUCUAAUUUACUCUGGUUGUCAAAUAUUCAGAAGCAUAUCUAUGAUUAUACCAAAACAACUUCAAAUAAGGCCCACUUGAUGCUGUCAUUUAAAACUUCUUAUUGCAGUAGUUUAGGAGCUCUUAGCUUCACUUUUCUUUUACAUCUGCUUUGCUGCUGGAGGGUUCUGGCUACAACAUGAGGGGGAAAACGGAACAUAGUUGAAUAGAUUGCAGGGAUGAUCCAGUUUCAAUUACUGUUUGAUGUGUUUUACUUCUCUGACUUUUUCAUUCAUUGGAUGAAUCAAUAAUUGCCUCGGUGUCACUUCUUUUUCUUUGAAUUUCUUCACAUAUUUGGGCCUCUUUGUGUUUUAUGGUUUUCCUUAUUUGGUCUUAUUUAUCUGUCUUCUUGAAGGAUAUGAAUUCAUUUCUUGAAGGAAUUAAUUAUAUCUGUCAAUAAUUAAUUAAAUUUUGAAAUAAAUAAAUAAAUGUUUCAAUAAUUAAUUAACCCUCUGGGUUUGUUUAAAAUCACUAUCUUUCAGCUUGUUUGUGGCCAAAAGUGUCCACCAAUACAUGAAUUGUGUAAUUUUUAUUAUUUUUAUUUUUGGUUUUUGCUAUUUUUACUGCAUAAAGUUUUUAACUAACAUCAGUUCUUUUCAUAAAUAUAAAACAGUCAUUACUUUUUACUUUUUUUAACCCUUAAAACACCAGUUUGUUUGUACAAUGCACGUGUUGGAAGACAACCUCAAAACUCACCAUUUCAUAUAAUCGCAUUGUUACUGGAUUUUCUUGUAUCAUUAAUGGUAGAGUCUUGGACAUGUAAUCGAUUAACAUCAACACUGAUUAUUUUCUUUUGUUAUUUUUGUGCAGGGAAAGCAAAAUAGAUCAAACUUUCUCUCAGCUUGUUCGUUUGUAAGUAUCCACAAAUUGAGAAAAUCAUAAAAUCCAACUUUUUUUGUCCAAGUAAUACAUGCAGCCUGAUUUAUUUUUAACCAUCAUUGCAGCUACAUGUAUAAAAAUAAUUAACAGUAUCAAUGAUUUUUAUGCCUUAUUAUAUUGUUGUGCAGUGACAGAAAAACAGAAAAACUCUCUCAGCACGUUCAUGGCCAAAAAUGGCCAACCUGUUGUUUACAUUCACUUAAUGCUAUAAAAUUCAUAUAUAUUUAAAACAUUUUCUACUGUUGGGCAUCUUUCUUUGCCUUCAGACAAUAAUUCUGAUGGCUAAAGAACCAAAUGGGACAGGCAAAAAAAACCCAAAACAUUUUUCUACUUUGACCAACUUGAUUUUUUAAAUUAGUACCAGUCCUAGUCAUGAAAACCAAAAUAUUUUUCAAAUUCCGAAACUAUACCCUUCAAAUACCAGUCAAAUUACACAUUACUACUAACUUUUUAGGAGAAAUAGCAAUAAAGUUCCAAUUUUUUCACCAUGUAAUUGAUGAAAAUUCAUAUUUUUUUCAGUCACCAUUGCAGGUCAGCACCAGUAACAGUAACAAAGCUUCUUUUGCAUUAUUACUUCUUUUAAUGGAUAACCAAAAAGAAACUCCCACAUGGCAUGUUAGUGGCUAGAA